CUGGAGCAGCCGCUUCCGGUUCCGGUAGCAGCUAGUCACGCUUGAUCCCAGGCGCAGAUCAUGGCAGGCAGCCGGCUGGAAACCGUAGGGAGCGUCUUCUCGCGGACUCGGAACCUGAUUCGGGCCGGGGUGCUGAAGGAGAAACCUCUGUGGUUGGACAUAUAUAACGCCUUUCCCCCGCUGAGGGAGCCCGUCUUCCAAAGACCCCGAUUGCGAUAUGGCAAAGCCAAAGCUUCCAUCCAGGACAUCUGGUACCACGAGGAUCAGAUUAGAGCGAAGUUUUAUUCAGUGUAUGGGUCUGGUCAAAGAGCUUUUGAUCUGUUCAAUCCAAACUUCAAGUCUACCUGUCAACGGUUUGUGGAGAAGUACACUGAGCUGCAGAAACUUGGAGAAACAGAUGAAGAGAAGUUAUUUGUGGAAACAGGGAAGGCUUUAUUGGCAGAAGGUGUCAUUUUAAGACGAGUUGGCGAAGCAAGGACUCAACAUGAAGGUAGUCACGAUUCCUGGAAAUCCGAACACUUGAGUGUCAGACCACAGACUGCGGUGGAAGAGAACGAGACUCAGAAAGAAGUUCCACAGGACCAGCAUUUGGAGGCACCUGCAGACCAGUCGAAAGGUCUCUCGCCUCCCUGAAGGACCUGUAUACUGUGUAUGCUGGCAUUCACACUACUCACUGGCUGAAUGUUGAGCUAUUUUUAAACAGUUGAACUGUGUAAAUGUUUCCUGAUCUCUAAGGUAUUAUGUUUGCCUUCUCUUAGUUAUUUCUGGGUUGUCAUAAAGCUCGGUAUCAUAGUUUGACAGAAGCAGUUAUGCGAACUUUUAUGUUAGGACAUUACUAAAUAAAGAAUUCCCUAGCUGCUUAUAAAGUAAAUUUACUUUGAAUUGUAAAUAACAUGAAGAAACCUUUAUAAAGAUUGUUCAAAUGGGACUCA